UUCCUUCUUCUCCUGUUCAAAUUUCUGAAUUUUCAAGUCUGUAACUGAGUCCGUACCGUCGAUUUUCCUGUGAUUUUUGUUCUCGACGUGAAAAGGUCCAAAAACGGUCACGGUGGCUGCUGAUACCGUUUUGUAACGGCCUCAAUCCCGGCACCGGUCCGUUUUUUGAAACCUUGCUAUUAACACUCUAACAGGGUUUAGGACCAAUGUUCUAUCUCAGUAAGAUUGAGCAUAAAUUUGCCUUGCCUCCUCAUCUUCUUGCUCGUCCCAUUCGGGAAGCCAUACAGUCAGAGCUUGAGAGGCUUUUCUUGGAUAAGGUUAUUCAAAAAUUGGGACUUUGCAUAUCUGUUUAUGAUAUCACAUCCAUUGAGGGAGGGUCUAUCUUCCCCGGUGCUGGUGCUCCGACUUACCAGGUGGUAUUUAAUUUGAUUAUGUUUCGUCCAUUCCCAGGGGAGAUUAUUUCUGCAAAAGUUAUGUCACUUGAUGCUGAUGGCGUACGCUUAUCCCUUGGAUUCUUUGAAGACAUUUAUAUUCCUACUCAUCACAUGCCCUACCCAAGCUACUAUAUAUCAAAAAACAACACAAGGAAAUGGACUUGGGAGUAUGGUGAAGAAACUGAUGAGUUUAAUAUUGAGAUUUCUAAUGAGGUGAUCAGAUUCCAAGUUCUAAGUGUGAGUUACCCAACGAUUCCAGUUGAGCAAGCAAAAGAAUCAAAGCCAUUUGCCCCAAUGGUGGUCAAUGGAUCAUUAUAUCAUGAAGGUUUGGGACCUGUUUCUUGGUGGCAAUGAAUUCAUUCCCAGCUUUUAUUCAUUUUCAAGAUUACGCUUAGAAGAUAUCAGUCUUUUCUAUUCUCUGCUUCAGUAGAAGAAAAUUGGUUGGUUGUUUAAUUAUGGUUUGCUCAUGUUCUUUUCGACAUCUCUUAAAAACAUGGAGUAUUUAGUUUAAUUUUAAUGGGAUAAUUGUUGACAGUUGACACUGUAGAUACAUUAUAUGCCAUUAUUCACAAAUAGCUUAUUCUAUUACUAGUACAUGGUUAAA